UGUGUGUGUGUGUGUGUGUGUGUGUGUGUGUGUGUGUGUGUGUGUGUGUGUGUGUGUGUGUGUGUGUGUGUGUGAAGCAGCUAUUCCUUAAUCUUUGAUCUUCUGGAUAAACCCUCGGGUAGGCUUGAGGUAAUCUACUGUAAUUCAGUGUCCUAGUUGAACAACUUUAUGGUUAUCUUUUUUCCAGCCCCGGGGACUGUGGGGUUAGUGUUAGACUGUGUGCUGCUAUUUCGGAUUGAUUGACAUCUCUCCUCCUUUUGAGUAGCCAACGUGUAUAUGUCUUUCUUUUUACUUUGUGGUUUGGAUACUUUUGUCUGUGUUCAGCACAGUCACACCAAUGCGCAUCAUCAUGGCAAAAGGGAAGUUUUGGGCCGCGGAUGUCUGUGAUCGUUCCUUCGGACUCCUGUCCUACCUGGGAUAGGUAGCCUAACGUAACCUGGUUCCCGGUUUGAGGAACUUCAGACUUUCAUCGGACUCUAGAUUUUUCACACGGACAUUCUAUAGAAUGGAGUGGGAGCUGAGACCACGGCUUUGUUUCCUAACGAAAGGGCCGCGUGGGUACGGCUUUCACCUUCACGGCGAGCGGAAUAAAGGCGGACAGUUCAUACGGAAAGUGGAACCCGGUUCAUCCGCGGAGCUUUCGGGGCUGCGCGCGGGGGACCGGGUCGUGGAAGUGAACGGGGAAAACGUGGAAGACGAGACCCACUAUCAAGUAGUGUAUCGUAUCAGAGCAGUGGAGCAUCGCACCAGGUUGCUGGUCAUCGACAAAGAGACAGAUGAUUACCUGCGUAGUCAUGGGCUGGCCUGCACAGAGGACCUCGCCGUUGAGAUGGGCAAUCUCUCUCCCCGGCCCUCCCACUUCACUUCCCCCUCAGCCUCCCCUGUAGCCCAGGGGGAAGUCCUCUCACCCUCACCCAUACACAUCCUCACUAAAGCCCUCAAACACACCUCUGCCUCACCCAGAAGGACGGAUACACGAUCGCCGACGUCAAGCCUGAUGAUUGGCACCAAGAAAAGGUUGCCAUCGGAGACAGCGUCGUUAGAUACAGAGUUUCCCAUGGCGACGGUGGAGCUCCUCCCCCGGCUGUGUCACAUGGUGAAGGGGGAGCUGGGAUACGGGUUCAACCUCAGACCCAGUGACAGAACUGGUGGAGGCUGGUGGAGACCCCGGGACAGGCUGGUGGAGGUGAAUGGAGUGAACAUCGAGGCGUUGAGACACUCAGAGGUGGUGGCGUUUAUACGUGGCGGGGGGGACGAGACACGCCUCCUGGUGGUCGACGCGGAAACAGACGAGCUGUUCAAGAGGCUCGGGGUCACGCCCACCAGCACACAUGUCAGAGAGGUCUAUGUGGACGAGCCAAUGACAGACAGCGCCCCACCCACCCCCUCUUCAACCACUGACCUCCCUCCAAUGGAUCCACCAAUCAUCAACGUCACCCUGACAGGCUCACCAAUCACAAACGGCUCGCCCAAUUCACAGACCAAUUCCCAGUACUCACGUGGCUCGACUACCCAAUCAGAAUUCAGCAGCUCAGAUAUGAGCAUUCAGGUCCCUGAGGAUUAUGAGCGCCGUGUUUCAGACCCGUUCCUGGACAGCGGACUGCAUCUGAGUCCCACGGCAGCCGAGGCCAAAGAGAGGGCCCAACACGGCAAGAAGAGAGCGCCCCCUAUGGACUGGAGCAAGAAACAGGAGAUCUUCAGCAACUUCUGAGAACCACACAGAACCACACAGAACCACACAGAACCACACAGAACCUUCACAACCAUGUUCUUAAGUCCCUCAAGGUUGGUAAAGGUCUGGCACAGUGACACACCAUAACCAAUGUUGGCCGUGCGCAGUAGAUCAUCAGCCCGGAGACAAUGUCAUCGUGAGAAAUUAAUAGAAAAAGGCAGCCAAUGUUCUGUGGUGAGAGGCGAUAGGACGACCUCCCACUGCUGCUCGGCUGACGUUCGUUAUGGUGUGUCAUGUGACAGAGCUUCACCAGCCAAUGUUCUGUGGUGAGAGGCGAUUCGUUAUGGUGUGUCAUGUGACAGAACUUCACCAGCCAAUGUUCUGUGGUGAGAGGCGAUAGGACGACCUCCCGCUGUGCACGGCUGACGUUCGUUAUGGUGUGUCAUGUGACAGAGCUUCACCAGCCAAUGUUCUGUGGUGAGAGGCGAUUCGUUAUGGUGUGUCAUGUGACAGAGCUUCACCAGCCAAUGUUCUGUGGUGAGAGGCGAUUCGUUAUGGUGUGUCAUGUGACAGAGCUUCACCAGCCAAUGUUCUGUGGUGAGAGGCGAUUCGUUAUGGUGUGUCAUGUGACAGAGCUUCACCAGCCAAUGUUCUGUGGUGAGAGGCGAUUCGUUAUGGUGUGUCAUGUGACAGAGCUUCACCAGCCAAUCAAGAUAAAAGGCUGCAGUGGCUCCGAAACAACUCUGAGAAAAACACAGAAAGCCUCUGUCUCCGGCAGGAUCUGAACCCUGGUCUCCCACGGGACAAACCAACAUCUUAACCAUUAGACAAAGAGGAAAUUCCCUACGGUCUGAGGGCCAACACUUAUUGUGAAGUCACAAGCGGGGCUCCCUCAUCACGUGACCAUGAGCAGCCAAUGACCGUCCCAUGUGUGCUACACCUCCAUAUGCCACUACUAGGGAUUAUUACAGUAGCUUAGGAUGAGGAUAAAUCAUGUUGAUGUAUUUAGCCAGGAUAAUUGACUCAGUUCCACUUGUUUCCAUGGCUCUUGUUUCCAUGGCUCCUAAACGUUUCUCAGAGCUGUGACUUUACUGAAAGUUUUUUUUUCCUUCUACAGCAACUAGUAAGAAACAUUCACUGGCCCAACCGCCACACACCGAACCCCACCUCUUCACCCUCCACAGAAAAACAGGGUGGAUUGUUUCCCAAAAGACUGAGAUGUGGGCCCGUAUCCACAAAGUGUCUCAAAGUAGGAGUACUGAUCUAGGAUCAGUUUUGAGGUUUUUUCUAUGUCAUAAUGAAUACAAUAAAUUGUAUAGGGAAGAGUCUGAUCCUAGUUGUAUUAGAUCUCACUGACUGAGGUAAGAACGUCAGGACACCAUAACAUCCGGGCCGGCUUACAGAUGUGACCCCUGUGGCCGGGUCUUCCUCUCACGGAGUGGACUUCACGGUCACAGCAGAUGCUGCGCUAAGAUCUAACUCCAAGGCACAAUACAUCUAUGGUUUCACGAGACUGCGAUGCCGACCACUAUUGUCCAGGGUUCCAGACGGAACUCUUUUCAGGUCAUAUAUAACCCUUUUUGGUUCCACAUAGAACCUCUUGUUCCAAAUAGAACUCUUGAAAGGCUGCUGUUUGGAACCUAAAGGGGUUAUCGUCUGACCUGACCUGGUUCUACCUGGAACCUUUUCCAGAGGGUUCUACAGGGACAAAUGGUUCUACAUAGACCUUUUGAGAGUAUAGAAGCGAGCUUCUCAGAUGUAUAAAUGAGGUACGUAGGAACCACAUCACGUCAUAGACACGGACGUCUGAAUGAUGGACAGACUGAGGGGAUGAAUCAAAGUCAUCUGACCGUGAGAUGAAGAGAGUCUGAGAAACAGAGACAAACGCUCAAAUGAGUGUGAUGGGCGCCACAGAGGUAGAGAAGGAAAGUCCAGGAUCUCAAUGGAUUUUCAGAUGAAGAGACACAAGUUACUAAAGUCCUUUGUAAUGAGUGAAGAGGAGACACAUUGGGAAUUGGGUGCAUUGCAUUGGGUUGACUGAACUCUACUGCAGAAAUGUUGCCUAAACUGCAGAGAGAGACUUGUGUCAAUGUGUUGCCAACAAAUGCCUGAACGGUUAGCCAUUAAGAUAAAAACACUAUUUAUGUGAUUAUGACUGAGUUAUAUUAUUCUGUGAUAUUAUUAGCAAUUUGUUUACAAACUGUGUUCUUCUAGUAUUUAAAUAUUUGGUUUUUAUUCUGUUACAAUUUCCGGUUAGAAAGUAAGACAUACCCAGCUAGCUUUGUCUGUCUCUGCUGUCCAGAACAGAACUCUGAGUUGAAGGAAGACAUGUGAGGAUCCUGGUUAAGCUCUAGAUUUGUUUAUAUUUGUUUAAUCAUAUUAUUGUUUGUGGUUGUAUCCCACUUUCAAUGUCCUCAAACAUUCAUCUCUUUUUAGAGGAAUUAAUAAAUGGAUCCAUUUUAGUUCGCUUGACUAGUUGGAUACGAAGCUAAGCUAGUGUCAGUGCAGUCCGAUGUCUCAGUGCCGGGAUUCAAUCAGAUCAGCGCUAGAUCUGCAUUGUAGCACGGAUGACAUUUAAAGGUAUUUUUUUUUUUUUUUAACCUUUAUUUAACCAGGCAAGUCAGUUAAGAACAAAUUCUUAUUUUCAAUGACGGCCUAGGAACAGUGGGUUAACUGCCUGUUCAGGGGCAGAACGACAUAUUCGUACCUUGUCAGCUCGGGGGUUUGAACUUGCAACCUUCCGGGUACUAGUCCAACACUCUAACCACUAGGCUACCCUGCCGCCCCAAAUUAACAAUUGAGCCGAUAUGUGCAGAAUUUGCCGUGAAUGCGGUCUUCUGCGAUCGCGGGAACUUUCCCUUUAAAUGGUGAAUAGCUGACAAAGAGUGAUCGGCUUGAAUCCCGGCCUUACUUUUAAUUUGAUACUCUCCAGUUGUAGAUUUGUAUCUAAUGUAACUAAGUUACUUUUAAUUUGGUCAUCUCUCCAGUUGUAAAUUUGUAUCUAAUGUAACUUAGUUACUUUUAAUUUGAUCAUCUCUCCAGUUGUAGAUUUGUAUCUAAUGUAACAAAGUUACUUUAAAUUUGAUAAUCUCUCCAGUUGUAAAUAUGAAUAUACUGUAACCAAGGCUAUUAUAUGAACACAAAGUGGACUGGACAUUAAUAUGAAAUAAAAUGACAAAAUAAAUGUAUAACACUGUCGUUAUGUAUUGUUGUAGAUGAGCAGUGGUAUGGUUUCUCUUUUGUUGCACCAUCUCUUCACAAUCAAUAUGAUCUAGAAUAAUUCUUAAAUGUGUUUUGAGGGGACAUUUUCUCACAUAUUUUAAAGUGAUAUAUGGUAGAUAGAUCCCACUUGUCAGAGGCAGUGAUGCCAAACAUGUCGACAUGUGAAAAGUGAAAGCAGGAACAAGUGUAUGGUCUCACUAGCUCAGAGAUGUACAGUUACAUGCUGUGGCCACCAGAUGGAGACAACUCCCCAGUCAAUGAAUUACAGGAGCAGCCUUUAUUAUUAUUAUGUUAAGCACAUUGAACCGCAUGUGUUGUAAAUAAUGUGCUGUAUAAAUAACGUUUGAUUCAUUGAUUA